AUGGCCGCUCCCGCCGGGGCGCCCACCGGGAAGGCCCGGGACAUCUCCAAGCCCUUCAACGGCGGCGAACUGCUCAUUUGCGGCUCCACCGACUGGGACCAGAUUGGGCGCAAGGAUCCGAAGAAGAAGGACCAGGAGGCCGAGCGCUUGAUCAAGUACCCGAACCUGACCGAGCCGCACCGCUUCAAGGCGGUGAUCGGGAAGAAGAUCCACCUCAUCGCCGCGGGGUCGUCAGCGUGUCACUCGGUGAUUGUCGACGGUGACGGCAAGGCGUACGCGUUCGGGCGCAACGAGUUCGGGCAGCUCGGGCUGGGCGACACGGUGCAGCGCAACGCUCCGACGCAGAUCGAGGGCCCGCUCAAGGACAAGAAGGUCGUCGCCGCCGCGUGCGGGAAGCACCACACCAUCGUGGUGACCGAGGACGGCGAGGCAUACGCGAUGGGGAGCAACAAGCACGGGCAGCUCGGCAUCGGACAGAUCGACACGAAGGUCCCGGAGCACUUCCUGACCACGCCGACGAAGUGCCAGGUGCCCAAGUGUCAGAACGCGAAGUGCGGGGCGGAGUUCAGCGUCUGGGUGUGCGACGGCGCGCUGUACUCGGCCGGGCUGCCGCAGUACGGGCAGCUGGGGCACGGGACGGACCACCAGUACAACGCGGCGGACAACACGAUCAAGCUGGUGUUCGAGCCGCAGCCGGUGCCGAAGAAGAUCGAGGGCCUCCUGCGCGGCAAGACGGUCACGUCGGUGGCGUGCGGCAACAACCACUGCGUGUGCGUGACCAAGGAGGGCCUGUGCUUCACGUGGGGCGACGGCGGGUACGGCAAGCUCGGGCACAACAAGCAGCACGAGGAGAAGCUGCCGCGGCCCGUCGAGGCGCUCCUGCGCGGGUACACGUGCGCGCCGGACUCGCUUCUCGCGGCAUCCCAGAACGCGACGCUGGCGACCGUGCAGCCGGACGGGCAGCUCUUCGCGUGCGGCAAGCUCAAGGUCUCCGGCGACGGCCUGAUGCGCCCCAUGCCGCUCCAGCACCUCCAGGGCUGGAAGCUGCGCGACAUUUCAGCAGGCACGGUGACGUUCGCGGUGUGCUCGGACACGUCCACGGUGACGUGGGGGCAGGCGCAGUACGGCGAGUGCGGGUUCGGCCCGAACGGGAAGAAGUCCUCCGCGAACCCCGAGCGCGUGCCGUCGCUCGAGGGCAUCCUCACCCAGCGCGUGGCCUGCGGCAUGGGCCACACCAUGUUUUUGGUCGAGGCGACCGAGGAGCAGCUGAAAGACUUCCCGGUGUGGGAGAGCGAGGUGACGCACGAGGAGGAGGAGGAGCACGCGAAGGAGCGCGAGGAGAAGAGGAAGCGGAAGCUCCCGCAGGGGGGGGGUGCGUCGAAGAAGGCCCGGAGGUGA